AUGACGGAUCUGCUGCAGGUGCUGCCUGACUUCGACGCGAAACCCUACACCCAUUUGCUGCCUUCGCUCGACAAGGCCCUGAUCACCUCUAAUGACCUGCUCACCCUUGACGCGGCCGACGUUGCCAAACGCGCCCAGCUGCCGGCCGCAGAGGUGAGGAAACUCGCAGAUGCCGUGAUAGCUGCUCUACACCACCAGCUGGGUUUCGGCGGAGAGGAAGCAGUCGGCAAUUCUUUCCUUUCCGCAUCGGGUAACCCGGACACGACCGAACAGGGCUGGACUUGUAUAAGCACCUUGGAUCAAGAGCUCGACGCUGCCUUGGGCGGAGGCAUACCGCGCGGGUACCUGGUAGAGGUUACCGGUGAGAGUGGUGCCGGUAAAACGCAACUACUCCUUACCUUGCUGCUAGCCUCACAAUUACCGCCUCCCCAAGGUCUUGCCAAAUCGGCAGUCUACAUAUCUACCGAGGCAAUACUAUCCACCACCCGUCUCGCCCAGCUGCUAUCCUCCCACCCGGCCCUCGCUCCAUUGCCCGCCGACCAGAAGCCCUCACUAUCGCGCGUGCUGAGCAUACAGACCCCAGAUCUCGAAUCACAGGAGCACAUACUGCGCUACCAGCUACCCGUAGCCAUCGAGAAGCAUGACAUCGGCCUUGUCAUCCUGGAUUCUGUGGCCGCCAACUACCGCGCUGAGUUCGAGAAGCAGGGUGCAGGGAAUGGAGCUGCGGCUAUGGCUAGACGAGGCACACAGCUUGUACAGCUAGGUGAACUACUAAGAGAACUCGCGCGCACAAAAGGCAUAACUAUCGUCGUAGCCAACCAGGUUGCCGACCGAUUCACAAAGGCGCCGUCUGCUGUAUCCUCUAAUACUGCUUCACGAACAGCAUCCACCAACAGCCAAGGCACUGUCCGUGCAACAUCAAAUAACAGCCAAGGAGACAAUUCAGACAACACGACUCACGCAAUCGAGCCAGCCUCUCAAACCGCUGAAACCCUCGUCCUCUCCCCCGACCCCCUCGCUCUCGACCACCAACAACGCUGGUUCACCGGCUGGGGCGACUCGCAAUACGAACAAGCUCACGUGCAAAAAACACCUUCCCUCGGCCUCGUUUGGACAAACCAACUCGCCUGUCGCAUCGUCCUUAAAAAGACGCCCGUCUUCGCCAGCAGAGGACCUCUGAUCCAUACCGUCAACGGCCAGGAUCAGUGGAACGACGCAGAGGAAAACCAUAUAUCCAAGUGGCGACGCUGGUUCAAGGUUGUGUUUGCGCCUUGGGCUCCGCCGUCGGAAGGGAGAGGCGUCGAGUUUGAGAUUCUAAAGAGUGGAAUCAGACAUGUCGAUAAAAAAGAAAAGACAUAA